AUGGCAUGGGCGUUUCGGGCCUGUCCCAAGUCACCUGCAUGGAAAGGUCUAGCCCCACUAAUUCUCAUUUCCAGCUUUGUUCUACUCGCAUCAGGAACAGCAGGGCCCAAAGUUGUCUCGCUGCCGCUGUACAGAAAUGAAGGACGCUCGAUCGUGAAGCGGAAUUCUGCAAGUGUGCUGCUAGAUUACUCUCUUGACUCCUUCUGGUUGAAUGCUACUGUUGGAACCCCUCCGCAACCAGUCCAGCUCGUACUCGACACUGGAAGCAGUGAUGUUUGGGUUUUUGGACCAGGCUCGUGUGGCUCGGACCGGUGCUAUGGCCAUUAUUACGAUGAUUCCCAAUCAAGCACUGCCAGGUUGGUCGAUAAGGGUGGAUUCUAUUCAUCUUAUGGCGACGGUACGGAGGUUUGGGGGGACUAUAUCUCAGAUGACUUCCAAGUCAGUUCGAUCAAGAUCAAGGACUUGAAUUUCGCCGUUGCUACACGGGAGACAAUCGGUGAAAUGGGAAUCAUGGGGAUUGGCUUUGACACGAACGAGGCGAUCACGGAAACUGGAGCCAAGCCCUAUAAAAAUAUCAUCGACUUGAUGGUGGACCAAGGUCUUAUCAACUCUCGUGCAUACAGUCUCUGGCUCAACGAUCUUGAGUCUGGAAUAGGGAGUAUCUUGUUUGGUGGCUAUGACACCGGUAAAUUCAAGGGCAAUUUGAUCCCGAUCGCUAUCCAACCCGACGCACAAUCCGGCCAGAUCACAUCUAUGACCAUUCCAUGGACAUCGCUUUCUAUUACAGACCCCACUCAAGGCACUAUGACCCUGACUGCAAAUAGCUUUGCGCAGCCUGCAUUACUCGACUCGGGGACAACGCUCUCUUAUAUCCCUAGGGACUUAUAUGAUCAAGUCGCCUCGUUUGCGAACGUCUUUUACGCCGACGAUGGAACCGGUAUUGUCGAGUGUGAGGUCAUGCAGUCGUAUAGAGGCACUCUUAACUUUGAGUUCGAUGGUUCUAGUGGGCCAGUGAUUCCAGUGCCUUUCUCAGAGUUUUGCCCUCCCCUUUUGGACAUCUAUGGGAACCUCGUACCACUUUCAAACGGCUACACCGCAUGCAGCUUUGGAUUUGGGCCAGCUCAGGAUGAUGAACCAAUUAUACUAGGCGACACCUUCCUUCGCUCAGCAUACGUCGUGUACAAUCUAGACCGCCAGGAAAUCGCUAUUGCUCCGACCGUUUUUGAAAGCGACGAAUCUAAUAUCGUGGAAAUCGACGCCCCGGGAUCUUCUGGCGAACAAGUCUGGCAUCUUACUGGUGGGGUCACUGUCCAGCAGACGGCGACUGCUCAAGUAGAAGGGCCAGGCAUAUACCGUUCUAUGCCUGUCACCCAGCUACUUUCGUACACGCCGACGGCCACUGGUUACCACCUCAGCAGCUCUGGUUUCUCGCAACCCAGUGCUUCCUCCCAGCAAAGCGACCGUAGUCAGCCCACAGAAACAUUGCACGGCGCCGCUAGCUCUAUUAGGGCUCCUGGCUCGGGUACUUUGGUCAACCUUGUUAUUUCCAUCAUAUCCUUUUGCCUGGGAAGCGAGUUAAUGCUGGCGGCGUGA